AUGACCAAAUACAUUGUCGUCUCUGGUGGCGUGAUCUCCGGUGUUGGAAAAGGUGUCAUUGCUUCAAGUACAGGCACAUUGCUCAAGAGCUUGGGUUUACGUGUCACCGCCAUCAAGAUCGACCCUUACCUCAACAUUGACGCUGGUCUCAUGAGUCCACUUGAUCAUGGCGAGGUGUUUGUUCUUAAUGAUGGUGGCGAGGUGGACUUGGACUUGGGCAACUAUGAACGCUUUCUCGACGUUGAAUUGAGCCGUAUCAACAAUAUUACCACUGGCAAGAUCUAUAGUCAAGUGAUUGAAAAGGAACGUCGUGGUGAUUAUCUUGGCAAGACCGUUCAAGUGGUUCCUCAUAUCACUGAAGCUAUUCAAAAUUGGGUGGAACAAGUGGCUGCUAUGCCUAUUGAUGAUUCGGGUGAACAGCCUGAUGUCUGCAUUAUCGAGCUUGGUGGUACCGUGGGUGAUAUUGAAUCUGCUCCUUUCAUUGAAGCCAUGCGUCAAUUUCAAUUCCGUGUCGGCCAAGACAACUUUUGCUUGAUCCACGUCUCGUUGGUCCCUGUCGUUGGCUCUGUGGGUGAACAAAAGACGAAGCCUACUCAAAUGAGUGUUCGUGAUCUUCGUGGCGCUGGUCUAAGCCCUGAUCUCAUUGCCGUUCGCUCAACCAAACCAUUGGAAGAAUCUGUGCGUGGCAAGAUUUCAAUGUUUUGUCAUGUUGCUCCUGAACAAGUGCUCACAGUCCAUGACGUAUCAUCCGUUUACCAUGUCCCAGUCCUUAUGCGUGAUCGUGGUGUCAUUGAUUUCUUUCGUCGGCGUCUUGCAUUGGACAACUUGUGUAUUCCAACCGAGAGACAAUUGGAUGGCGAAAAGCUUUGGAAGAAAUGGAUCGAUUUGACAAAGAGUUACGAUCAUCUAUAUGAUACGGUGACUAUUGCUCUCGUUGGCAAGUAUACCGAUCUACAUGAUUCCUACAUCUCUGUAUACAAGGCACUUGAACAUGCGAGCCUUGCUGCUGGUCGCAAAUUGGAGAUCAAAUGGAUUGAAGCUACCAACUUGGAACCUGAGACUUUAAAAACGGAUGCUAUCAAGUACCAUGAAUCGUGGCAGAACCUUUGCAGCGCUCAAGGCAUCCUUGUUCCUGGUGGAUUUGGUACUCGUGGUAUUGAAGGCAUGAUCACUGCAGCAAAAUGGGCACGUGAGCACAAGAUCCCUUAUCUUGGUAUCUGUUUGGGUAUGCAAAUUGCCGUCAUUGAAUUUGCGCGUAGCGUUUGUGAUAUGCCGGAUGCCUAUUCUGCCGAAAUUGAUCCUGACACCAAGACACCCGUGAUCAUUUAUAUGCCUGAAAUCUCAAAGACUCAUCUUGGUGGCUCGAUGAGACUUGGCAAUCACGCUACUAUCUUUCAACCUGGUACCGAGGAUGGUAAUUCGCUUGUUCGCAAACUAUAUGGCGAUGCUCCUACAGUGGAAGAACGUCAUCGUCAUCGUUAUGAAGUCAAUCCAGAAAAUGUGGCAACAUUUGAAGAGAAAGGACUUGCAUUUGUGGGCCGUGACGAGAGUGGCAAACGCAUGGAGAUUGUUGAGCUCAAGGGGCAUCCCUAUUUUGUUGGCUGCCAAUACCAUCCAGAGUAUCUCAGUCGUCCAUUGAAGCCUGCUCCUUUGUUUCAUGGUUUAGUAUCGGCUGCAAUUGGUAUGAAGUUGUAG